GCUCCCGAUUCCGCGGGUCUUUUGGGACAACACGGCUCCUCGCGACAACACACUGUGCAGAAAUGGCGGGACCAAAUGCCAUGGAGAAAAAACUUGCUGAGUACAAGUGUGACACCAAUCUAGCAAUAACUCUGAAGCUGGUUCGCUUCCCAGAGGAUAUUGAAGAUGAUAGCACCUCUUUUCACCCUGAGUACAGCCACCAAACAUUCGGAGAUGAUGAGGUCGCAUUUGGCUACAAAGGCCUGAAUAUUCAGCUCUACUACACGGCGGGGAACCUCAGCACCCUGUUCAGGGUCAGAUACUCCUCAAAGGUCACCGAGCUGUUUGACUGUGUGGAGCCUGACGACGUCGAGUCGAAGAUCCGGGAAAUCAUUCCCCCUGGAUUCACCGCCAACACAGACGACUUCAUCUCCCUGCUGGAGAAGGAGGCGAAGUUCGAGCCCUUCGGCCCCCUGCUGCACUCGUACACGGUCCCAAACGAGGAGGCGGGCGUGCUCACGUACCAGAUCCACAAGGCGGACAUCACCUGUCCGGGAUUCCAGGAGUACCACGGGCGCCUGCAGACCUUCCUCAUGUGGUUCAUAGAGACGGCCAGCUUCAUCGACACAGACGACGAUCGUUGGGACUUCUUUCUCGUAUUUGAAAAGUACAAUAAAGAUGGGGAGACUCUCUACGCAACUGUUGGCUACAUGACAGUUUAUAAUUACUACGUGUACCCAGACAAAACCCGACCACGUGUAAGCCAAAUGCUGAUCCUGCCUCCGUUCCAAGGAGAAGGCCACGGCGCUCAGCUUCUGGAGGCCGUGCACAGAUUCUAUUGCGGCUUGCCCAAAGUACAAGACAUCACAGCUGAAGACCCCUCUGACAACUACGUGAACUUGAGGGACUACGUCCUGGUGAAGCUCUGCCAAGGCCUCCCUUCCUUCGCCGUGGAGAAGCUGCACCUCGGCUUCUCAGCUGACAUGAUCAAAGAGGCACAAGACAAGCUGAAGAUAAACAAGAAACACGCGAGGCGGGUGUAUGAAAUCCUGCGCCUGCGAGCAACAGACAUGAGCGACGAAGAGAAAGCCAGGGAGUACCGCUUGGAGGUGAAGAAGAGGCUGUUUGGACCGUACCGGAAGAAUCAGCGGGAGCUGGCGAAGAUGAGGAAGUGCCUGCGGCCGGAGGAGCUGGUGUCCCACAUGGGUCAGAUGGACACCCGGACGCAGCACGAGGAGCUGGAGAAGAGCUACCAGCUGCUGGUGGACGACUACCGGCGGGUCAUCGAGAGGCUGGCGGCGCACGCCUGACGGGACUGAGACGUGCACACGGCGGGCGCCCGCCUGUACGAAAAAAAAAAAAGAAAAAAAAAACCCACAUCACUUCAGACGUUCGCAGGAAGAUGCUCUGCUGAAGCUCGGAAAAAAAAAAAAAAAUCUGUGUUUUACCGGCGGAGUGUCACAGGUGUACAGUAGCUGCGGUUUGAAAAGCCCUGCGGGUUUUUUUCCCAGCUGAUGUUGAUACAGUUAGAGGAGGUGAAUAGCGCAGCUGGACGGCGAGACUUUUGUUUGUUUCAUGUGUUUAAUCACAACGUGUGAGAUGAAUUGAUACGUAAUAAUUCGCAGGUGAUCAGAGGUCUACUAUCCCGCGGAGAAACCUCUCCAUCAUAGACGUUUUCUAAAGAUCUUUUUGUCAAAACAGUUCCCAGUGUGUGUUUUGAAACACUUCAUACUGAAAAUAAAAAAAAAAAAGAAAAAAAAAACUGUUUUGUA